AUGUCUUUUACCCUCCCCGAAACCUUCGCCAAAAUCCCCCGCCAUCCACUCCUAUACUCCCACCCAUCCCCCAUCCACCCGCUCCCAACCCUAACCACCACCCUCCCCCGCACCCACCAGGCCCCUGGCACGCGGAUCUCCCUCUUCGCCAAACGCGAAGACCAAGGUUCCCCACUGGCCUGCUCAGGCAACAAAUACCGCAAGCUUGAAUACCUCGUGCCUCACAUCCGACAAUGUGCCCAUCAGCCUAACGGCUCUGACAUCUCCAAGAAACCCACCACGCUCGUCACCGAAGGCGCCGUCCAAAGCAAUCAUACCGUGCAGGUCGCUGCGCUAGCGAACCACCUGGGUCUGGAUGCUGUGGUGAUUCUGCAUAAGAGUACAGGCGGCGGGCUGGCUUCGACAACGGACCCCGCGGCGUUCUUGCGUACGGGUAAUGUGCAGAUUGAUCGACUGCUUGGGGCGGAGGUGCGUCUGCUCGAGUCAGAUAAUGUUGCGGAUGAUGGGACCGAUCCGGUGGCGCCGGUGAUUGAGGGGCUGUGUGCAAGCGGGAAAGUGCCGUAUUGGAUUCCGUCCGGGGCGAGUUUGCAUCCGCUCGGUGGGUUGGGGUAUGCGCGGUGUGCGUUUGAGAUUGCGGCGCAGGAGAAGGAGCAUCUGGGGGUUGAGGAGCGGUUCGAUUAUGUCUUUGUGGCGUGUGGGAGUGGGAGUACGGUGGCUGGGUUGGUUGCUGGGUUUAAAUUGGCGGAGAAGUUGGAGGAGGCACAGCGCACAGGCGAAAAGAGGAGGUCACCGCGGAGAGUCAUUGGCAUUUUGAACUCGCCGACGAAACCGCGCGAGUAUCAUGAGGAAAGGGUGUUGCGGUUUGCGCGGCGUGCGGCGGUUCAGAUUGGGUUGGACGAGGCAGAUAUCACCCCGGACGAUAUCCGGUUGGAUGAUCGGUUUGCUGGGACCGGGUAUGGUGUGUUAGAUCCCAAGAGUAAGGAGACGUUGGCGUGGAUGGCACAGCGUGAGGGCGUGCUUCUGGAUCCCGUCUAUACAGCCAAGGUGGCAACGGGCAUGGCACAUUGGGUGCAACAGGGAGACUUGGUCAGGGACUGGGCGAGCCAUCAUAAGGAUCACCCUCAAAUCAAUGCCCUUUUCAUUCAUACGGGUGGCCAGUCGGCCCUGGGGGCUUACGUGGACAUUGAAUGA